UGAUACCACGAAUAGCGAGGAUUGAGGCAGGUCAUAUGCAAUUCUGUCCUUAGCACUAGCACCCGAGACAUGCUGAAGAGGCUUAGUUACCUUACCUCGAAUUUGAAUUCAAGGUCGCUCAAUGCGUGUCGUCGAGAGUGUUUUUGAGUUCGGGAAGACCUUGAAAAAAUGCUCUGAAACAGAAAAAAUCUUGGUAGUUGACUUUUAUGCUGACUGGUGUGGACCUUGUUGUCGUAUCGCCCCGCAAUUUGAGGCUCUCUCAUCUGAGUUUCGACAGGGAAAUUUUGUCUUUGUGAAAGUGAAUACGGACCGUUGCUCAGAACUUUCCCGACAAGAAGGGAUUUCAGCUCUGCCAACCUUCAAACUGUAUCAUGACGGAAAAUGUAUUGAAACAAUUGUUGGUAGCAAUGUUGGUCGGUUACGACAAGUUUUGAAUGAGUUCUCUCUGGAUAACUCAAUAAUACAGCUCAAACUCAAUAAGAAUCACUUGGAAAGAUUGCGUGCAUUUGGGUGUUUACACAAGAUUUGCGACAGAAUUCUAAGUUCUCCUCAAGAAGAUAAGUUUCGCCGCAUUGGUUUGGCUAGCUCUGAUUUUAUAGAAACACUUCUAGUUGUUCCCGGAUGUAUGGACUUCCUAUUUUCUGCAGGCUUUCAGGAGGCUGAUGAUGCUUUUGUCUUACCAGCUACUUUCGAUGUCGGUCAUUUGAAGAAGUUAUUUAUUCAGUUAAGAUCUUGUUUGCCGGUUAGUUCUGUGACAGUAAAUCAAGACAAUCUGGAUCUGAGAAGCUCUGAAAUAAGUUUUGUUAAUCGAUUGCUUCAGUAUCGUUCUUUUGUUGUAAACUACAUGGAUUUAGAGUUACAGACUCGGGCACGUGAAUUGAUUCCCACUGAACAGCUUCUUUUAUCCGCCUCUCAAAAUAAUAGUUGUUCUAUAGAUGAUGUGGAGCCCAGAGAUUUUCUUCGAGAGUUAUUAAUUUGGUUUAAGAGUGAAUUCUUUAAAUGGGCUGACGACUUUGUGUGUAAAACAUGUGGUGGCAAAAUGGUCGCAUUCUCAAACGAUCAGCCUCAACUGGAUGAAAUGAAUGAUGGUGGUGCAAACGUAGUAGAGAUUUAUCAGUGUAAAACAAAUAAAACACAUCCAUUAUAUCGUUUUCCUCGAUAUAACAAUCCUAGAAAACUACUUGAAACUCGUUUAGGACGAUGUGGUGAAUGGGCAAAUUGUUUUACAUUGUUCCUUGUUUCUGCUGAACGUCACACUAAUCAACCUUGGUUUGAUGCAUGUCGACUUAUUAUGGAUUGGACAGAUCAUGUUUGGUGUGAAGUCUGGUUAAAGGAUAAACAUAAUGACAAAAAACUUUGGGUUCACUGUGAUCCAUGUGAAGUACAAUUGGACAAACCUUUACUGUAUGAAUCUGGAUGGAAUAAAAAAAUUAAUUAUAUUAUGGCUUACACAGUGCCACCUCGAUCAUUAUAUCAGAAAUUGGAUAACACUACCAAAUUAGUAACUGUGGAUAUACAAGAUGUGACAUGGCGUUAUACACAGAAGUUUUCAGAAGUUCGAUCCCGUCGAAAUAUGAUUAGAGAAUCCGUAUUGGCGUAUAAAUUAGCGGACAUUCAUACUAAUGCUAUCCGAAACUGGUCGCUUAACAAUAAUCCAGCCGAUAUUGACCAAAAACCAUACUGUUGGGAUUCAGUUAUUGAUGAAUUGGUGAGUUUCCUACAUCCUUCAAAGUGUAAUGAUCAACUUCCGGGUCGUCAAACUGGAUCGUUGGAAUGGCGUCAAGCUCGUGGUGAACUGGGUCAGACUUCUCUGUCUGUUGAACCACUUCUUAAAGGAUCAAAGUGUAUUAUUACCCCGUCUAAUUCGGAACUUCAAAGUGGAAUAUUUCAUUUACGUUAUAAUUCAGCUUUAAAUAUUUACCAGCGUCCUUAUUAUUCUAACGAUAGUAAUAGUAAUAAUAAUGAUAAUAAUAAUAAUGCAAAAACGGAUAUUGAUGUUGUAUUAGAGUUUCAAUGUUCUACAAAUUCACCAAAAGCGAAUAAUCAAGAGUCAACCAAAUUGAUUGAAAAUGCUCGGAAAACCGGUUUAUAUGGAUGGCAAUCUAUGGUCUAUCAAUGGAGAAAUAUUUUUCGGAAGGUAGAACUUGAUUGGCACAUGGUUUAUUUAGCUCGUGAAGAGGACAGUAAACCAUCAGAAGAUGGAAUAAUUAUCUGGAUGCUUGAUUUAAGAAAUACUAAUUAUCGUGUUGGAAAAGUUUCUAUAUUUACAAAUAUGGUGUGUCAUUCAACUGAUUGUCAUGCUCGUUUUGUACUUUGUUCCGGUGAAUAUCCAGUAAAUAGUAGUAAUAGUGGCCAAGAGGAAAAUAAAAAUCCACAAUCUGUGCCUAACUCAUGUUUGUGUCUUCAACCAGGUUCUGCUUCAUUAUUCAAUUCAGAAUCUAUGAUUGGAUCUGAUUUUCUGACUUUAAAAGCUCGUCUAUGGAAUGAUGAUGAAUCUACUGGAAAGUCAUCUUCUGUGGCUUGGCAGCAAGCCCAACUAUUUCGGCAAAAGGAUAAUGAUUUUGAUACUUGGUCAUUGGAAUGGAAAGUUGAAUUGGUAAAAAUUAAUAAAACAGUUAAUUAAGUAGAACUCAAAACGUGAAUGGUAUUGUCGUUUCAUACACACACAAACACACACGCACACACAGUGACCUGGUUAGCUAUGCUGUUUUAUUAAUGAAUAAAUGUAUCAUUUUGGUAUAUAUAUGCACAUUACUGUCCAGUUGGAUCGUACGUUCAUUCAUUGAUUCAUUUUUUUUUCCUUGUUUGUUUUUCUCUCUCCACCUCCUUUAAUCAUUCACUUUUUUUAAUACUUAAACUGGAACUAUUUUCAAGAAUUUGUACUUUCUUAUUGGUUACUAUUUUAUAAGAACUACUCCUUUCUUCUCAUCUUUUUUGUUUGUUUGUUUAUUUGUUUUCUUAUUCUUUUGUUGAAUUGACGACUCACUGACAAGAUCAAAAAGACUGUGAUAUUUAUUGAAAUUAACAUGAAGGAAUGAAAAAAAGAAAACAACUGUAGGUAUUAUGUUUCUUCUUCUUCACAGUUUGUGGGGUUGAAUUACAUAUAUAUUUUGUCUUUAUUUCAUAAAGAAGUUUUGUUUUUAGAGAUUAAAUAGGUCUAUUUUGUGAUCUAAAU